CUUAUCGUCUUUAGUUCUCAAGAGGCGAACGCAAAUUGAAGACUGAAAUGUAUUUAUUUCUUACUUAUGUGCAGUGUUAACUUGAUUGUUCAAAUCUUCUUCUCCAAUUGCUAGACAAAACAAAGCGGAAAAUGGGUGACUUAUACAGGAUUCUGAAUGUGAGCAGAGAUGCAAACAAUGACCAAAUCAAGCUAUCGUACAUGGACUUGGCCAGAAGAUACCAUCCGGACAGGAAUAGUUCCCCAGCAGCUGAGGAGCACUUUAAGAUGAUCGCUUUUGCCUAUCGCGUGUUAAGCGACAAAGAUACGCGGAGGAAAUAUGAUCAGCAAGGCGAGACUGCAUUCAGGAAUGGAGGAAUUCCUCGCAAUACUGUGAUCCCUUAUAACCCGAUGAAUACCGCAAAGCCUUCUGCCCAGAAACACUCGCCUCAAGACUCCGAUGGUUUUGGCAUUGGUAAAAUUUUACUUGGCUUUACUGCUGUUGCUGGUAUUUUCACUGCCGGUUUUAUGCUUGCAAAGGCACUUGACAAUAACUCUGAUGACGAGGAUAAUGAUGAGGAUGAGGAAUGAAUAAAGAUUCUCAGUAGCUGUGAAAAUUGUU